AUGGUCCUGCUGCUGGUCAUCCUCAUCCCGGUGCUGGUGAGCUCGGCGGGGACGUCGGCACACUACGAAAUGCUGGGCACCUGCCGCAUGGUCUGCGACCCCUACGGGGGCACCAAAGCGCCCAGCACAGCAGCGACCCCCGACCGGGGCCUCAUGCAGUCGCUGCCCACCUUCAUUCAGGGCCCCAAAGGCGAAGCCGGCCGGCCGGGCAAAGCCGGCCCCCGAGGACCUCCCGGAGAGCCCGGGCCGCCGGGCCCCGUGGGGCCGCCCGGAGAGAAGGGGGAGCCGGGCCGUCAGGGCCUGCCGGGUCCCCCUGGGGCUCCGGGACUGAACGCGGCCGGAGCCAUCAGCGCCGCCACCUACAGCACUGUGCCCAAGAUCGCCUUCUACGCGGGCCUUAAGCGCCAGCACGAAGGCUACGAGGUCCUGAAGUUCGACGACGUAGUCACUAAUCUGGGCAACCACUACGACCCGACCACGGGCAAGUUUACCUGCUCCAUCCCAGGCAUCUACUUCUUCACCUACCACGUCCUGAUGCGCGGUGGGGAUGGCACCAGCAUGUGGGCUGAUCUCUGCAAAAACAACCAGGUCCGUGCUAGUGCGAUUGCUCAGGAUGCCGAUCAGAAUUACGACUAUGCCAGUAACAGUGUGGUUCUUCACUUGGAACCAGGAGAUGAAGUCUACAUAAAAUUAGAUGGAGGAAAAGCACAUGGAGGAAACAACAACAAAUAUAGCACGUUUUCUGGAUUUAUUAUUUACGCGGACUGA